ACGGUCAACUCCAUGACUUCGAGAUGAGCAGCGAGAUCUUACCUCUAGACAUUUACAGGUCGGAUGACCAUUGAACCGCUAACACCCUCAUAUCAAAACACUUCCUUCUCUGAAUAUAAGGUAACAUCUCUGCUGCUCAGUGCUAAUUACAAAGAUAAGCUUAUCAUCACACAGGACAGAAAGUGUUGUGGACGCCAAGGUUGUAAGUCGGCGAAGGACCUUAGGGAAAAUUUAUUGUAUUAUCUGCAAACAACUUUUAUUUUAAGGAUGGCAACAAAAUGGGGAAUUGUAAGUGCUGGUAAAAUCAGUCAUGACUUUGUUGUUGCUUUAAGCACACUCUCCCAGGAAGAACACAAAGUUGUGGCUGUGGCUGCCAGAGAUCUUGAAAGAGCCCAGGCCUUUGCAGACCUUCAUAAAAUUCCUUCUGUAUAUGGUUCAUAUGAAGAACUUGCAAAAGAUCCUAAUGUUGAUGUUGUAUACAUUGGAGCUGUCCAUCCGCAGCAUCUUCCUAUUGGAAAGAUGAUGUUGAAUAAUGGGAAGCCUAUACUCUGUGAAAAGCCAUUGACUAUGAAUUUGAAAGAAACAACUGAACUGAUUUCAUUAGCGAGGGAGAAAGGAUUGUUUUUGAUGGAAGCAAUUUGGUCUCGUUGUUUUCCUGCAUAUGACAUGCUGAGAAGGGAAAUGGAAGCAGGGAAUCUGGGUGAAAUUGUCCAGGUUAUUGUUAAUUUUGGCUUUCCAAUAGAAAGUGUGGACCGCAUGAGGUUGAAGGAGCUUGGUGGUGGAACUAUACUUGAUCUAGGAGUUUACUGCCUGCAGCUAGCUGUGCUCGUAUUUGGUCCUGUGAAUCCGACACACAUUGUUGCUUUGGGACAUUUAAAUGAGUUUGGAUGUGAUGAGAGCAUGGCAUGUGUUUUAAAGUAUGAAGGUGGUAAAACAGCUGUUCUGAGCACAAAUGCCCGUGUACUUCUUCCAAAUGAAGCAUAUAUAAUUGGGACUAAAGGAAGUAUAAAAAUACCAAACUUUUGGUGCCCUACAAGUUUGGCAACACCAGAGAAGACAUGUGAUUUCAUACUACCAACAGCAUCAAAGUCAUUUAAUUUUGUAAAUAGUGCAGGUCUACGCUAUGAAGCUAUGGAAGUUCGCCGUUGCUUGAGGGAAGGAUUGCUAGAAAGCCCCAAAAUAACCCAUGCUGAAAGUAAACUGAUUGCUGAAUUGGAAGACAAAUUGAGAAAAGAAAUUGGAGUUACAUAUGAACAAGAUGAGUAGUUGAUGCUUGGUAUUCAUUUGCACACUAUGUUAGCAAAAAGGUGUUAUUUUCAUAAUUACCUGCAUUUUCAGGGAAAACUGGGAGUAAAAUGUACAUAUGUGAGUCUGUGGAUGUUGUGAUAAUGCUUGACAGACUUUCUUGAAUUUUAUUUUUGUGCUUAGCAAUAUUCAUAAAAUAUUGUAGCACUCAGCUGUGUUUUACUCAACCGCCUGUCAGCAUCUUAAAUUCUCAUGGGUUUUAUGUGUAGUAUAUUGGUUAUGUUAUGACUGUAACAAGUAGAGUACUGAUGAGAGGACGUACAGCAUCAAGUCAAAAAUGAAAAAUACAAAUAUGAAAAUAGUAGUGACUAGUUUGCUGUAAAUUAUCUCAUAAGUAACAUUAAAUUCUAGUUUAGUGGAUCUCUAUGAAAAUUUCUAACUCUUUUUUUUUUUUUAAGUAUAUAAACCAAUACUUUUUUUGGGAGCUGCACAGUAAUAUAGAAUAAAAUAUUUUUCUUCCUUAGCUGCUUUUUUUCCAACAAAAUUAUACCGUCAUCAAUGAGUUAUUUUUAUAUAAAAUAAUAUUGUAUUUCACAGUAUAUAUAAGACUAUUGACACACAUUGAACAUACUUUGGAAGUGUUUGCAGCAUUACCUACUGCUUUUUAUCUUUCAAGAAGAUUGGUUUUGCUAAUUCCAUUAAAAGUGUCUGUGCAUAUAUACAGUGUGUCAUCAGUAACACAAAUGCAAGUCAGUUUUGUGAAGAAAAUAAUCUGCCUUAAUAGAAGAAUGAAUCCAAUAGAAAAAAAUUAAUUGCAAACAGUAAAGGAUAACUUCAUCUUAACCAAAUUAAAAAUUAAAUCCUUUGAGUAGAAACUGUUGAAGAAUGAUGUAAUGACAUUAUUUCUGAUUCAUUUUUUAGCAAAGUAGUAUUGCUAGACAGAAAUAUCUCAUAUUAUUUAUAUCUAUUAUACUGUUUGUGGGUAAAGAAGAAAAGACAUAUUUUUUGAUUAUGAAAAAUCCUCACAGCUUAGGCACUUACGGGGAAAUUGAAAAAAAUAUGAGACUUUUUCAAUGGGAAAACAGUAGCAAAAAUUACUUCAAAAUGUCAUUUGUAAGUGACUGACUCCUUUCAUGUAUUUACAAAAUUGCUUCAGAAACUCUGUAAGCUGACUUCUACAGGUGGUGUGAAAUAAAACAUCUGAUCACUAGUGUUACAGUCUAAUGUAGCAUACAUUGCAGACUGUCUGCUCAUUGAAAUUUACAGCAUACCGGAAAGUGUGGCAGAAUAUUAUUUUUAUACUAUUAAUUUGUGAUGUUAUGCAUUUAACUAAUAAAAAUCCCUAAUACGGUUCUAAAAAUUUCUGUUAUGUAAUUGCUGUUCUUUUUUGGUAUAUAACAAAGGAGAGAACAGUCAACAGUUUUGUAAGUUGCCAUAAAAGUAAAAGCACAUUGUUAAAUUGUUGUAGAUAGUAUUUCAGCUUGUUUACAAAAUUCAAAUGAAUGUAGCCGUCUUAUCUAGUAUGUGAUCAUAUUGAGGUGAACAGGUAGUUGCAGGUAUUAUGGAUUGUUGGUCGAGAGAGGAAUAAUACAGAAAUGUGAUUUAAUAUAUAUUUUAUAUUACUGAAGCAUAACAUUUUAUGUAAAAUUACCUGUGUCAUAUUUUUAGUGUACAUCAGUGUAGAUUACGUGUGUCCCCCCCUUCCCCCCAAUAUGUCCCAGAAAUAAAGGUGAAAUAAAAAGACAGUUUAAUUUUUUAUAUACAAGACCUUUGUUUGUCUAAAAGUUAUUUCGUCACUACAUAUGUGAAUGUCACUAUGAAUAUCACCUAAUAAAUUGUUGCUAAUAUUGCACCUUUUACCAGUGAAGUAACAAGUUAAUGUCAUUAGGUACAUUUUGUUGUUGAUUAUAGCCACAUUCAUCAAACUUCGCAAGUGGGCAAUUUUGACACCCUGUCCAAUGAUUUGUUGUUGAGCAUUUAUAGUUACCUGAUUUUAGAGGAAACCACUGGGAGCAAGUGAGCCAACACCCCCCGCCCCCUGCCUCACACCACUCACACCAUAGGUGGACUACGAUGGAGAGAGAACUCGUCAGCUGCGCAAUACGUUUAAAUAAACAAUCUGAGAGCACAGCCAUUUCAUAAAGUAGAGUCAUCAGCUGAUGUUAACAGUGGUGAUACUUAAAUUUGCUUUCAGGACUGCAGUAUGUUAACAGUCUUGCCAUAAAACUGAGACGAAUAAAGAUCCGACAUUCUAAGGCGCAUCUUCCUAAAUUGAUGUAUGUGCUUAAGGUUCCACUCAAAAUAAUUCAGUGUUUUGAAAUUUCUUAUUUAAAUCAGUGUACAGUUCUAACAUCAAGCUGUCUCCCUUAUGAGUGAAAAGAACCUGCUAGUGUUAACUUUCGUGUUUCUCUGUGACCUUGCACUCCCAGGCAGCUUCUUAUUGCAUAAUGCUGAAUGAACUAAUUUGAAUUACGCUGUUAUUCCCAUGCAGAGCCCAAUAGUAUUGCCUUUCAGCUGAUGGCAGCACUAAAACCUCGUUGUAUAACAUGGUUCUAGGGUUAGCAAUUCCACAGCAUUAUCACUUAUAGGUUGCAAGUACUCAUUAAUAGGUCAGACGCUUUCCUUAAUCAGCAAUAUUUACAUAGUUACCAUAGUAUAUCAGUAAUGUGUGUCUUAACAGUCAAAUUGAGCAUCUUUCAGUGACAUUCUAGUAGGAAUUCUGUGAACUAAUCCUUCCAGUAAUGGAUACCGUGAACAUUCCAGACAUACCACUCUUUACUUGAGGAUAAUGAUUUAGUUUUUGUCUAUAAUUUUGUUGUAUGUAAUAUUAAUUAUUAAUGUCAAUGUUCCGUACAUGUACCAGAAUAAGUGUAUCUCACAUUAAAAGGUUUUUUCUUCUAAUAAGAAAACAAUAGAGGCAAUUUCACUUAAAAUAUACUGUUUAGUGAGAGGAUGUUUUAACAACCCAUCAGUGGCACCACCUAGGAUAUGUAUAACUUUAAUUUCAUUUCAGGUAUUCUUACUUUUAUGCAGUUGUUAACCUACCUUAUUAAGUUUCACAAACUGAAGUCAUGUGAUACAGAAAGUGAAGAAUAUUAUGCUUGUUUUAUUUGCAUUAUAGCCAUUUUAUUUUUUGUGCAGAACGUCACUGUUAAAAAGUGUAGUAAAAUAAGUCAGUUCAAAUAUUGAUUAUUAACUUCAAGGAAAAUUCAGUCCAGUGGCAUAUCUACUUUGGAAAUAGUUACAAUUAUGUAUCCACUGCCUCACUGCAGUCUUUUGCAAGCUUUGCAGCUUUUUUGAGCUGAUGUGAAAUGUGUAGAUAUCCAGCCAUUCUCUUGCUAGACAAUUCUAGUAUUUGUAUUUAACACUGUGCUUUGCUUUUAUAAAUCUUCUUAACGAAUUCUGCCAUUAAACUCCUACAGUUUCCUGAUGAAUCUAUUUCUAGUACAACUUACAUAAUGAGAUAAUAGCAAAGGGAAACAUGGUAUAAAUAUUCCUGUGCCUUAAAAUUAAUCUGAACAUAGUUUAAAGGUUGUCAACAUUUGAGUAUUUUGCUUUCAGUUGUAAAUGAUGGACGUAGAUGCAUUUCUGUAGCCUUUAUAGUCAUGGUUUUUGAGAAUGUUAUUUUGGUGCUUUUUUUUAAAAAAAACUUUUUACUGAUGACAUGAAAGUAUAUCUGUUUGGGAUUAUUUCAGUUGUCACUUUUUGUAUCUUAGUGAAAAUUUAAAUCUGAUGUUCUUAUCUAGGAUGCUGCAAUUUUCCAUAUAAAGGAGGUAUUUUUAUAAGAUGUCCUCAUUUGGAUAAGAGUAUUUGAUUAGAAUUUUGUUGCUAGAUGUUUUGAUAAAAGAUGUUCAGAACAAAUUCUUAUGCACACCAGAACAGUAAUGACAUGUUCAUUACCUAUUUCUAUGACAAUAACAAACACAUUUAAAAUGAGAGAAAUUAGUUAUAUUUGUGAUUAGAAUAUUGAUUUUAAGUUUGAUCAGGUAAGGAGUAUGUGAGUAGCAGUAGAUUUCCAAUGUACAUACACAGGAUUGUAAUCUGUAAACAAAUUUCCAAGCAUAAUUUUGUAAUUCAUCACUGUUUAUGUGUCAUAUAUGUAUUGUAAACUAUUUCACAAUAAUAAUAUCAUUACUAUGAAGUGUCAUGGCAUUGAGAGCCAUAGAAGAUGGAUAGGUAGACCAUGUGUGGGAGAAUCUUUAUUUGGCAUUCAUUGUUUCUGGGUCCCUUUGUAGUGAUAUAUGAAUCACUGGCAAUUCAUAGGGGAUUAGUGUAAGUUAUAAGAUAUAACUUGUAUGUUGAGGACAUUUUGGGUAGUAGAUGUUUAAACUGUUAUUCAUUGUACAUUAUCAAAGACACUAUGAAAGUAGAUUGUAAAUGUUCCAGUAGGCUAGAUUUUGGACAAAUAAACCAAAGAUGUCAUUCAUUCACAAAACAAACUCUUUUGUUACUCUAAGAUUCUUUAGUAAUAAUGCACGACUUUUAUAUUUUUGUAUAUGUAAUCAUAAAUUACAAAAGCACAUUCACCAAUAUUGUGAAAAAAAACUUUUAUGUAAUCAAGUAAGAUAUAACCACUUUGGAAUGAUAUAAAACUUGGACAAUAACUGUAAGACAGAUGAAUAAAUAUAUGUUGUU